AUUUAUUGUGACCGAAGAAAACUGCACAUGGGAUAUAAUACGCAUGGUAAGCUUGUGAAACCUAAUGCUAGUUAUGCACUGACAUCUGAAAAACAAAAGCUUCUAUGUGCAUGGCUAAAACAGUUGCGCUUUCCAGAUGGGUUUGCUUCCAACAUAUCAAGAUGUGUCAACUUGAAUGAGUCCAGGUUAUUUGGGAUGAAAAGUCAUGAUUGUCAUGUUUUCAUGCAACGACUAAUUCCAGUUGCUUUUUGCGGUUUAUUGCCAUCUGCUAUUUGGGGUCCUUUGACCGACAUUAGUAACUUCUUUCGUUCACUUUAUUCCCUGAUCAUUAAAGUUACUGAGAUGCAGAAGUGGGAGGCAAAGAUUGUUGAAAUAAUUUGAACCACCAUUAAUUCUGUAGAUGAAACUGAUUAUUAUGGUGUCUUAAAAGAGGACACGAACCGAGGAAUACGUGUUAAUGUUGAACACGGAAUUGUUGAUGUCAAUCCAAGGUUUAAACUUUCAACGGGGGAGCCAUUUUGCCUUGCUAGUCAAGCACAACAAGUUUAUUAUACUCCAUAUCCGGCAGCCACAGAUAGAACUACCCAGGGAUGGUUGGCAGCAUGUAAAAUCAAAUCUAGACAUGUAAUUGAGACCUCAUCUACCUCAUCUUCAGGAGAGGUUGAUGAUAUUUUUCAAGAUGAUGACCCCUCCAUAAUGCAAGGCUUUUCAUUAGCUAUAGAUUUAACUGCAUACCAAUCACUUCAACUAUCCGUAGAAGGUGUUACAGAAGUUGAGGUUGAUGCUAAUACAUCUGAAGAAGAGGAGGACUAUGGAGAAGAAAAAGAUUCAGAAUCCUUAGGAAAUAGUGAUAAUGUUCAGGAAGGAGGAGAUCUUCCUCUUCAGGAUCACAAGAGCAACAAUUUUAAUCACCCACAGCUGUUUACUGAUAGUAGCGUAGCUCCGAAUAUACAGCAAACGAUUGAUCCAUUAAUGAAUUAUAAUUUUCCACCUGAUCAUGAGAACGAGGGCCCUUCAUCCUCAACGGGGAAAAAAGGACGGAGCAGGAAUUUCAAAGGAAUACGCCCUCCAGAAAAUAGAGAGAGCAGGAAAUGGGUUAAACUCACUGAUGAUAAGCUCCAGUUUGCUGAUCCAAACAUCCCUCGGGCUAUCACUUCAUUGUGGAAGUCACGUUUUGAUGGCCCCUAUUUCACAUACGAGCGUACACUUUACCAGUGGGAUCCUGCAGAUAAUCGCCAUGUGCAAGAUGCAUUCCUAAAUUGUAUGAAGCAUAGAUGGAGUGACAAUCUCAGGGAUGAGAAGUUGAAAUGGGACAAGAACUCAGCCUAUGUCCCACGUUGGAUCCCAACUCAUAUAUGGCCUCAGCUGCUGACAUAUUGGGACUUUGAUGAAUAUAAGAGGCUCAGUGCAAGGGGAGCAAAGAAUAGGAGCUCUGGGAAAAGGGUGACUCACACCACCGGGUCCGUUAGCUUUGGCAUCCAUGAGAUGCGGAUGACUGAGUCUAGAGGUGAUAGUCAUGGCUCUGAUGCUAGUUCGUGGCCAUGCAUGGAUAACGAGGCAUGGGUUAAGGCUGUUGGAGGUUGCUCAUCUAAUUUCAUGCCAAGGAUUGGCUCCCAAGUAAAUCUAGAGAUGCUGGCCAAUAUGACAGAAGCUCAGAAUAAUAUGAGCCAGACAAUCGCACAGUCUGUUGCAGUAGCUCUAGCCGCUCAUGGCAUCUCUCCUCAGGCAGGUCAUCAUCCAGUUGCCCCACCACAGCCGUCACAUGGUCCUGGCUCAGGUCUUCGCAUGAAUUCAGCUUUCACCUACUCCACUGAUUCUACACAAACCUCUCCUAUGGUCCCUGAAUAUUAACAGCAACGGCAGUUUCCCCCUCAAGAUGAUGAUGCAUACCAUCCUACUUUUGAUCCAAACUAUCAAGGUAUGAAGUUUUGGACUACUUUGGAGGUUAAUUAUUAUUAACUAAAUAUCGUGGGUAUUUAAAACAAUGGUGUGUGAUUUCCAUAUAUACUUUGUGGUUGUAGUUGUGGUUGAAAAGGUAUAAUUGUUUUUAGCAUACUAGACUUGUAGAAUAUAUGUGUUUUUCAUUG